CGUGGGCCAGGUACAGGGUGCCCAGGUGAGCGCGGGCGGAGCUGGAGGUGCCCUGCUCCGGGACAGAGAGAGGCAGUGCCACGGGGAGCGAUGGCGCUACUCCAAGCUGCCCUGGGACGCUGUGCCUGCGCCUUCUGGCUGGCGGUGGCUUUUGACGCGGUGGGACUCACCGUGUUGCUCAUCGGCGUCUUCGCCAACAUUUUCUUCUACGACUUCCUGAUCUACGCCGGCUCCAUCGUCAUCUUCCUCAGCUUGAUCUGGUGGAUCUUCUGGUACACGGGCAACAUCGAGGUGCCCCAGCACCAACUGGAGGACGACGUGGGCCUGAAGGACAGGAUGGGCUUCUUUCACCGCUGGUCCAGCCGCAUCUCCACCAGCUUACGCAGGGUCUCCCGGAGAUCCGCGUCCAUGUCCAGGUCCAGGUCCAGCGGGCACAGACCAUCCAACUUGACCGAGGAACCGGUGAAGACCCUCUCAGAGUCAGUGAACGCCGCGCUCAACCCUGAGCAGAGAGAGAGUACCGCGGACACAGCCAACACCCCUCUCUAAACCUGGAACCUGUUACUAGCCUCAAAGGGAUCAGUAUCGAAGUCUGAAUGCUGACUGUCAGGAUGAUGUUUAUUUAAAAUUAUUAUAGCAUCUUUAACAAGAAAGAUUCAACAUUUUUGGCUAUAGUCAAAGCAUUAAAGCCUGUUGAUCAAUGAGUGUGUAUACACUCCUAAUUAUGAAUUAUUCCACUGGACUGGAUUGAUUAUUUUAAUUGCUCUUUGACAACUGUAUUGCACUUAAUUGUAUUUAUUGGUUCGCUCUGGCGAAUUAGAUAAAAUGUAUUUUGCACAUCAAAAUGUAAUAAACAUUUUUAUAACAAUGG